AUGGGUCUCGUUGGCAAUGCUGUCUAUUAUACUUUCCACCCGAUCCAAUUGAGAUCGAUUAUUCAAUGGAAAGUUUGGCAUAACCCCCCGCACGAGCGCAACGCGACGAACGACACCGAAACCCAGAAGGCAUGCUUCAAGUUCUUGGAUCUGACCAGCCGCAGUUUCAGUGCUGUCAUCAAGGAGCUGCACCCGGAGUUACUGUUCCCCGUUUGUGUUUUCUACCUGGUUCUACGCGGUCUGGACACUAUCGAAGAUGAUACCUCCAUCGAUCUCAAGACCAAGGAGCCACUACUGCGCGGAUUCAAGGAUAUUCUGGAGCAGGAUGGUUGGAACUUCACCGGAAAUCGCCCCGAAGAGAAAGAUCGAGAACUGCUGGUUCAGUUCCAGAACGUGAUCGCCGAGUUCAAGAAUAUGAAGCCUGCCUACCAGGUGAUCAUCAAGGAUAUCACAGAUAAGAUGGGUAACGGAAUGGCCGACUACUGCGUCAAGGCUGCGACCGAUGAUGCCAGUGUAAAGACCAUCGAGGAAUACGAUCUGUACUGCCAUUACGUCGCCGGCUUGGUCGGUGAGGGUCUUACUCGCCUGUUUGUCGAGGCGGAUCUCGCCAACCCGGCUCUCCUCAAGCGCCCUAAACUUCACAAGUCUAUGGGCUUGUUCCUGCAGAAGACGAACAUUAUUCGCGACAUCCGAGAGGACUUCGAUGAUGACCGACGGUUCUGGCCCCAGGAGAUCUGGUCUAAGCACGUCGACAAGUUUGAAGAUCUCUUCAAGCCAGAGAACCGGGACGCAGCACUUGCCUGCAAUGCCGAUAUGAUUCUCAACGCCUUGGAACAUGUCGAGGACUGUCUCUUCUACUUGGCUGGCCUGCGCGAGCAAAGUGUGUUCAACUUCUGUGCCAUUCCUCAGGCUAUGGCCAUUGCCACUCUGGAGUUAUGCUUUCGCAAUUACUCAAUCUUUGAACGCAACGUCAAAAUCACCAAGGGUGAUGCUUGUGAACUGAUGGUGCAAUCGACGCAGAAUUUGCAGGUCUUGUGCCAAACUUUCAAACGAUUCUCCCGUCAGAUCCAUAAGCAGAAUACCCCUAAGGACCCCAAUUUCCUGAAGAUCAGCAUUGAAUGUGGCAGGAUCGAAAAGUUCAUCGAGACCAUCUUCCCAACCCAGAAAGCCGAGGACGCCCAGCAACGGGUCAAGGGCGAAUUGACUGUGGAGCAGGCAAAGAAGCGCGAGGAGGAUGCUGAAAACAAGGCUGACAUUUGCUUCAUGAUGGGCCUCAUGGGUGUAAUUAUCCUCUUCGUCGCUGGCACCAUGAUGGCCGUAGCCUGGUGGUUCGGAGCCCGUUUUGAUCUUGCAUGGCAAGAGAUCACAUCAGGGCACUUCCGUCCUCCCCCUCAUGUUGCGGAGAAAGCAUCGCGAGUGGCUGCUGCCGCCGCAGCUGCUACUGCCUCUGCUCGCGAUGAGCUUUGA